CCGGUUUGCUGCUGCUGCUGCGGCUUUUCUGAUAGCAGAGACGUUCCUCCGGUCGAAGAAACUCACUGGUCUCCAUCACAAACUUGACAAUGACCAACAAAACGAGCUCUCUGCUCCUCAGGGCGCUGGUGGACUUGUCUGAAGUCCAUUCGUCAAAGUUGGUGCGGGGGAACAGAACAACUUUCAGACACUUGGGUUCUUGUGGGGCUCUGGCUGCGAGGAGGACCAGUCUCAACCUCUGCCCUGCCACCCCCCUGAGCACACCCAGCCGCAGCUUCAUCAACCUGGCUGCUUCCAUCAGCAGCCGCAGGAUUGAGUACACAGAGUCCCGGACAUUAGGGUACACUCCGGAGCAGAUGUACGGCGUGGUGUCCAGUGUGGAUCAGUACCAGUACUUUGUGCCCUGGUGCAAGAAGUCUCGGGUCAUGAAGGGACCAAACGGUGACAUCCGAGCAGAGCUUGAAAUCGGUUUUGCCCCCAUUGUUGAGCGAUACAUCUCUGAGGUCACCGUUGUUCCAAACCACCAAGUCAGAGCUGUGUGCACUGAUGGAUCCCUUUUCAGCCAUCUUGAAACAUUAUGGAGAUUCUCUCCUGGAGCCAAAGACCAACCAGGCUCCUGCAAAGUGGAUUUCUAUGUGUCAUUUGAGUUCAAGUCCCUUCUGCACUCUCAGCUGGCAAGUGUGUUCUUUGAUGAAGUGGUUAAGCAAAUGGUCGGUGCCUUUGAGUCACGGGCGGCGACACUUUACAGGAAUCAGCAUGCGGCACCGCUGAGGAGGCGAUUGUCUUAAGGCGACGUCUUUGACCUUCCCUCUGUUCACUGACUUUUAUUCAAACCCUGGCAGCCUGCUGCUUUACCUGGAUCAAGCCUUGUCUUACACAGAAGACCAGAUCUUCUGUUUGCACUCGCUCUUAUUCCGGAACUGAAAUGUACAUCGAAUAUAUUUUACAAUAUUUAUUUAUAAGUCACCAGCUAAUUUAUUUAACUUUCUGUGCAUUGUUAUUUAUUUUAUGGAUAGAAAUAAAUGUAUGAUUUUUAAAUGAU